UUUUGGUAAUAGCAAAAAAAUAUAAUCUCAUAUUCAUAUAUAGUACCCAUAAACUAUGAUGAGGAAGACAAUUUAGGCAAACUAUAUGUUCAGAAACUUCCAUCAAAAUUAAGUUGCUCUAAUGGGAAGUUCGAUUACAAGGCUGAAGUUGUUGCUGCUGCUAAUGUUGAUUAUCGAUGGAACAAUCCCUAGUUCUCUUGGAGUUGAACUUGAAAGCUUGGCUUCAAAAAAGGGAAGGUUUGAUCUUCAAGGUGAAGGAAAAUCAAAUACUUGGAAGAAGAGCUACUUGCGUUUUGAAGAUCAUGUGAAGAGAAACCAUAUGAGGGAAAAUUUCAGAAGCAAACAUGAAAAUAUACAAACUGCUUUAGCUUUCGACAAAACUAUUGAUGCCAAUUUCAGACACAAUCAUAUGAUAAUGAGAAGACUACUACAAAAGGGGGCAUCAUUUUCUAAACCUAUUCCUUGUCAUUAUACCACUGGUAAAGGUAGUUGCAGUCCUUCUGGUGGUAGAGGUUGAUUAUGUAGUGUUUUUUUUUCUUUUAUUAAAAAGUUGAGAUAAUGUCAAAAUUAAGCGAGCAUUUAAAAAGGCUAAAAUAAGGGCUUGCUUACUGAAUCACUGUAUGCAAAUUUAGGCUUACAUUAAUAAAAUAGAAAGCUUUUCUUUUUGUUAUUUAAUUUUGAUGAUCAUUAU